CCAUUAUCUGUCCGUCAUAGUGCAUAUCACGGCACAGGGGCUCUUUCAGACUGCGACUGAAGUUCUGGUUCAGAUCCAAAUCCUGAUGUGAAAUGAGUACAGAGUUCCGCAAACUGCUUUUUGAAGUUUCUGAGGCUUUGGUGACAGAGGAACUGUCAGCUCUUAAAUUCCUCAGCCUGGACUAUGUCGCCAAGGGGACGCUGGAAACCAUCCAUGAGCCCAAGGCCUUCUUUGAAGUUCUGCAGGAGAGAGACAUGAUUGAGGCAGGGAACCUGUUCUUCCUGAAGGAGCUGCUCUACCGGAUCCGUCGGAUCGAUCUCCUGUCUGCCCACCUGGGCUCCAGCCGGGAGGAGAUGGAGAGGGAGCUGCGGGUCCCGGGCAGGGCACAGGUGUCAGAUUACAGGCAACUGCUGUAUGAAAUUGCAGAGGAUUUGACUUCAGAAAAUGUCCAAAAAGUGAAGUUCCUGCUCCGAGGACCACUACUAAAGAGCAAGCUCCAGGAAAAUGCUUCAAUGUUGCAGGUCUUUCUGGAAAUGGAAAUAAAUGGGAUAAUUGAGGAAGAUAACCUGACAAUGCUGAAAGAUAUAUUUCAGGGAUUUAGAGCUGACUUAAAGAAAAAAAUUGAUGCCUACGAAGAAAAAAAAAGAGAAAAGUAUUCCAGGGAAGAAGUCCACUAUCCUGUGUCUGUGUCUGUGUAUCCAGAGGAACAAGGAGCAGAGGGGGAGUAUGGGAAAAUAUAUAAGAUGAAAAAUAACCCCCAUGGUUACUGCUUAAUUAUUAACAACCAUAUUUUUAAAAAUCCACAUCACAAUAGAGAGGGAACAUUGCAAGAUGGAGAGGCUGUGAAGAGGGUCUUUAAGUGGCUUCAGUUUGAGACAGUUGAGUACAUGGAUCUAGAAGGAAAAAAAAUAUAUGACACAGUUGAAGAAUACAGCAAGAAAGAUCAUAGAAAUAUGGACUGUUUUGUUUGCUUCAUUUUCUCCCAUGGUGAAAAGGACAAAAUAAAAGGUGUUGAUGAUGAGUGUGUAAAUAUUGAAGCUUUAGUCUCCCGCUUCACUGGAACUAAUUGUCCUUCUCUUGCUGGCAAACCCAAGGUGUUUAUUAUCCAGGCUUGCCAAGGCUCUGAACGUCAUCCAUCUGUUGCAGUAGAAUCAGACUCUUCUGGACAUUUUGAGGUGGAUGCUAGACCUUCGACUUCCAUUCCUGAUAGGGCUGAUUUUCUGAUUGGCAUGGCUACAGUGGAGGACUACCUGUGCUACCGCAGUCCUAAUACUGGCAGUGUUUACAUUCAAUCCCUCUGUGAGAACAUGAAGUCGCUCUGCCCACGGCGCGUGGAUCUCACAACCAUCCUGACAAAAGUGAACCAUGAAGUGGCAACAAAAGACAUAAAAGGAUUUAAGCAAAUGCCAAAGAUAACAUCAACACUACUGAAGCUAUUGAUCUUUGAACCACUGGAACUCCCCAGGCCACAAACAUGGCUGGCUCUUGUGGAUGCCAGCCACACAUGGCGUGUCAUCCUGGACACAUCUCCUGAGCUUGGCCCGGUUCGGUUUGCUCAAGAAUGGGCUCUAGAACAGGCGGAAUUGGGAACAGACAGAUCCCAAGACACCGCGUUCCCCAAGGAGCUGUGGGGUAUUUCGCUCCGGAAGUUUAAAUCCAGAAGGAAGCACCGCCCCGGGUCGGGUCGGGCUCCGCCCUUCGCCCUCCGCGGCUGUGGCGCGGCCAUGGAGCUGCCGCGGGGGCGGCUGCUGGCGGUCAGCGACGAGCUGGACGGGGCCGAGCUGGCGGCUCUGAAGUUCCUCUGCCGGGACCACGUCCCCUGGAGGAGGCUGGAAGCCGUCUGGACCCCUCACGACUUGUUCGAAGCGCUGCAGGAGAAGGGCUUGCUGGAGCCGGGGGACCUGGCCUUCCUCAGGGAGCUGCUCUACCGCAUCGGGCGGAUCGACCUCCUGGUUGCCCACCUGGGCUCCAGCCGGGAGCAGGUGGAGAGGGAGCUGCGGGCGCCGGGCGGGGCGCGGGUGCCGCCCUUCAGAUACUUGCUCUUUCAACUGUAUGAAGAUGUCGUCGAAGAUGAGCUGAUGUAUUUCAAGUUACUUUUGGCCAACGAAUUGCCAAAAAGCAAGCUAACCCGUGAGACUACAAUGCUUGACGUUCUCACUGAGAUGGAGAAGAAGGGCCUUCUGGGGAAAGACAACCUAAGUAUGCUGAAGAGUCUCUGUGAAAAAAUUAACAUCAGCCUGUGGAACAGAAUUGAAGAUGGAUUAAAGCCGUUUGGCCAAGAAGAGAUGCUCAUCACAGAGGAACAGAGGGGCAGCACAGGAUACCCUGAGGGGCAUCUAGUGUCACCUGUAGCACCUAGUCCUCCUGGCAGUUUUAAUGACUCUUCCCAGCUGCUUGAAGCAUACAAAAUGACCAGCCGACCCUGUGGAGUGUGCCUGAUCAUAAAUAAUCACAAUUUUGCAAAAGCUAGGGAAGGAGUGCUGGAACACAAACACAUGAAAGAUCGGAAUGGGACAGACGUGGAUGCAGCGGCUCUGAGGAAUGUCUUUAGCAAGCUUCAUUUUACAGUAGAAGAAUAUAGAGAUCUCACUGCACAAGAAAUCCGUGAGACUGUGAACAUCUUCCGGAGUGCAGACCAUGAGGACAAGGACUGUUUUGUUUGCUGUAUCCUGUCUCAUGGGAAAAAAGGCAUUAUAUAUGGUGUUGAUGGGCAGGAAGUACCUAUCAGGGAACUGACCACUUCUUUCACUGCACAGAAUUGCAAUUCACUUGCUGGAAAACCAAAAGUUUUUUUUAUUCAGGCCUGCCAAGGUGAAGCUUUCCAUCAAGGUGUGACCAUUGAAACAGAUUCUGGAGAGCAAGAUUCUUCUGUGGAGCAAGAUGCGAGGCUUCAGCUCGAGUGCAUCCCUGCAGAGGCAGACUUCCUCCUGGGCAUGGCCACCCUGCAGGAUUACGUCUCCUACAGAAGUCCCAAGGAGGGAACCUGGUAUAUACAGGCACUAUGCCAGCGCUUGGAGUACAGCUGUCCUCGAGGGGAAGAUAUUCUCACCAUCCUGACAGCCGUAAAUCAAGAAGUGAGCAGAAAAACUUGUGAGCGGGGCACAAAGAAGCAGAUGCCACAGCCCAGUUUCACCCUGAGGAAGAGGCUCAUCUUUCCUGUCAACUAAAUGGGAGGCAACUGCAAGCCAGAGAGAGCUGCUGCAGCCUGGAAUUGGCUGGUUUCAGAAUUCAGUCAAACACAGACUUUUAGUUCCUGCUCUUAGCUCAAGGGCAGAUAUUUUUAAUUUAAACUACAAUUAAGGAGAAAAAGCCUUAAGAAAUUUGUAUUGAUACAUUAAUUUGUAUUAAUACUUGAGAACAUCUCUGAGCUUGUCUCUGAUUUAUCUCUGAUCUGUUUAGCUGAUCUCUCUCAGUGGCUUGCUGGCAAAAUUCUACUCAGUGUCUUCUUAUCAGCUCUACCACAUUACUACUGCUUUCAUAAGGUAUUUACAAGGCAACUUUUAGAAGACAACUGUUAUAAAGCUUUGUGUACUUUAUGCCUAACCUUUGCAAAAUAAAGGGAGGAGUGCUGUAAAUUUUA